GCUGGACACGCCCCCGAGGGCAGAGUCGACUUCUGAUUGGCUGCAGGCGCUCGCCCGAGCUCUGUUGGAACGCACGGGCAGUGCUUUUAAGGGAGCUCGCUUCCUUGCGCGCCCUAGAGGACCGGUGUGCUCCGUGGCCGCACUUGCUCCCGCGCUUUCGAGAUCCAGGCCUCCUCGCCAGAAUGUCUCAGGCUGAGUUUGACAAAGCUGCUGAGGAGGUGAAGCGUCUCAAGACUCAGCCAACUGACGAAGAGAUGCUCUUCAUCUACAGCCACUUCAAACAAGCCACCGUGGGUGACGUAAACACAGAUCGGCCCGGGCUUUUGGAUCUCAAAGGCAAGGCCAAGUGGGAUUCCUGGAACAAGCUUAAAGGAACUUCCAAGGAAAGUGCCAUGAAAGCCUAUGUGGAGAAAGUGGAAGAGCUCAAGAAGAAAUACGGAAUGUAAACGACCGGAUUUGGUGGCCAGCCACAUGUGUGUGACCCGUGAGGACAUAACACCUUGUUUUUUUUUCUAAUGUAGAUGCUAUGGCUCUGAUAAAUUAGGGCCAGAAUUAAUCGCUGAUCCUCCACCCCCUGUGUAGUUUUUACCUGAAAAUCGAUUAAAAGUACAUUUGUUACUUCAUGUCUUUA